AUGUUUGAUGGAACGACGUCAGGUGCAGCUCGCGCCACAACCAGGUGGCUCAGUCGGAAAUGGCUGGAGCUGAAGGGGCGGUUCUUGGCGGCGCUAGACAAUCAAGCAUCGGUGACGAUUGCAAGCCUACGAAGUACACGACCAACAGGCAGACCACCUGUAUCUCGUGCAGUGCAAAUCACCAUGUCCUCCUAUCUGAGUAACUUGCUCACCCACACGACGUCACGGUACAAUUCACUGCGGCGGACCCUCCUCUCGAGCGAAGACGACGGUGACACGGAGGAUGAUACACACAUCUGUCGUGUCCUACGUGCACAUUACACCGAGAAAGGGCGACCAUUCCCACCUUGGUUGCCCCCGGAUCCAAAAGAGAAGAAUAAGGCGGUGCCUCAGCAGUACGGUCAACAAGGAGGCUAUGGCAGUUAUCUGACCAGCGCUGGCGGAAAAAGUCCAUAUGGGACGGCGCAAGCGCAGGGCGGUAAUCGAGGCAGUUCCAGCCUGAGUGAUCUGUGGGAUCCACCAUCUGGCGGGCAAAGCAAUGUCACUGCUCAGCCACAGAGCCUACGGAACGCUCGUAGGCCUCUGAGUAAUCAGCCGGCCUCCGCAAGCAGCACCAAUUUGGCCCCUCCGCAGGCAAGGCCUCUGCCCUCACAGCGGGCAGGAAGCUACCAAACCAUGGGAUCACAACAGACAGGUAGUCGCCCUGGCAGCGCGGUCGACCCGAGUCCACCAACGACCAGUUCUGGAGCGCCUUCCGCGGGCAGUGCCCAGGACAGGCUGAAGGCCAGAUUAUGGGGUGCAAAGGGCAACACCGGCCCUUCUGCUACUCCAGCGCCCAGCGGACCACAAUCGUACGAUCGGCCCCAAGCUGGAGGAUAUGGCGGUGGUGGUGCCAAUCCAUACGAUAGGGGCGGAGGCGACGGACGUCGUUAUGGGAGAUGA